GGCUGGGAUCGAACAGUUUUUCAAAACAUUUGGAAGCGUCGACAUGGCACUGGGACUGCUGAUCCUCGUGGUGAUCCUUUUAACCACAGCCUGUUGGCUCCUGCAGCAGCACUACUCAUACUGGAGGCGAAGAGGAGUUCCUGAGAUCAAGCCCAGGUGGAUAGUGGGCAACCUGAUGGGACUCCUGAAUAUGCGAACCAGUCCACCGGAGUUUAUAGCCCAGCUAUACAACCACCCUGAGGCGGAAAACGAACCGGUUGUGGGCAUACAUCUGUUCCAUAAGCCAGGGUUGCUCCUAAGGGAUCCUGGCUUGAUCAGAAAAAUUAUGGUUAAGGACUUCGCCAAGUUCAGCAAUCGGUACUCCAACUCCGACCACAAAGGCGACCCGUUGGGCUCCCAGAACAUCUUCUUUUUGAAAAAUCCUGCGUGGAAAGAGGUGCGUCUGAAGCUAUCGCCGUUCUUCACCAGCAACCGACUGAAGAACAUGUUCCCGCUGAUCGAGGAGGUGGGUGCCAGUCUGGAUGCCCAUCUGCGCCAGAAACCACUGCACAAUGAACGGCUCCGCUGCUUCGACAUUGAGGCCAAGGAGCUAUGUGCUCUCUUUACUACGGAUGUGAUUUCCACAGUGGCCUUUGGAGUACAGGCGAAUAGCUUCACGGAUCCGAAUUGUGAAUUCCGCCGACAUGGUCGAUCCGUCUUUGAGUUCACUUUGUUGAGGGCAGCGGAGUUCACGUUAGUGUUCUUCCUGCCCCAUUGGGUGCCGUUUUUUGGUUUCAAGGUAGUUCCGGCCGAAUCAACUCGUUUCCUGCGAAAAACCAUCAACUAUGUCCUGGACGAACGUGAAAGAUCGGGACAAAUACGUAACGAUCUCAUCGACAUCCUCAUCGAGUUCCGUCGGAACACCCAGCAGGCCAAGGCCAAGGGUGUCAAGGAUCAGUUCGUCUUCGAGGGCGACAUCCUGGUGGCCCAAGCAGUACUCUUUUUCACCGCCGGCUUCGAGUCCUCCUCCUCCACCAUGGCCUUUGCCAUGUAUGAGCUCGCCAAGGAUGCAGAUGUCCAGCAAAGAUUGAGGGAGGAGAUCAAGGAGGCUCUGGUGGCGAGCGGCGGUCAGGUGACCAUGAAGAUGAUCGAGUCCUUGGAGUACAUGCAGAUGAUUUUAAUGGAGGUCCUGCGCAUGUAUCCACCUUUGCCCUUUUUAGAUCGCGAGUGCACUUCCGAUGAUCUCUACUCCCUGGAACCAUUCCAUAACUUUCAAGUUCCCCACGGGAUGCCUGUCUACAUACCUUGCUAUGCCCUACACAUGGAUCCCCAGCAUUUCCCGCAGCCCAGAAAAUUCCAACCGGAGCGAUUUUCCGCCACUAACAGGAAACUGCACACACCCUACACCUACAUGCCCUUCGGCCUGGGACCCCAUGGAUGCAUCGGGGAGCGUUUCGGGUUCCUUCAGGCCAAAGUGGGACUCGUAAGCCUUUUAAGGAAUCACCUCGUUACCACUUCGGAAAGGACUCAACGACGUAUGCAGCUGAAUCCGAAGGCUAUGAUUACCCAGGCCAAGGGAGGCAUUCACCUGAGACUUGUACGCGAUCCUCUUGGAAUCUAACUCACUUGACGGGUAUGAAGUUUAAUGGAAAGUUUCGGGAUUUUCGAGAGCAGAGUAUCCAACCAAAUCUGAACGAGUACUAAGCCGGAGAUGUUGCGUGUUUUGUCAUUUAAAAAAUUCAACUGGUGUCGCAUCUUGAGGGUAAUUUUAUUGACAUGUCGCGUGUUUAUCCAUCGGAGCAGAGGAGAUGCCUCAUUUCUGACAUAGGUGAUCAAUCUUCUAUAUAAAUAAUAUAUAAACCCAUGCAAAUUAAGAGUCAUUUAUAAAUUUAUUUUAUAAUCUUAGACAGAUCUACUUUGUUUGUUACGCUUUCAAUUUGAAGCGUUUAAAAACAGAUUUGCGAAUAUGUAAUAACAGAUUAUAUUUGUAUUUAUUGGUGGCGCAAUUUUCCAGAUUUUCCAGUUUAAAGAUUAAAUGCAAU